AGAUCAACUGAAUCAUGCACCAGAGUUCCACACUUGUCAUUCUUCUGGGCUUCGUGGGUCUCCUCCAUGGAGUUCCAGUGCUCACAGACCCUCUCUACACCACACAGGAGAACUUUGAUCUGAGCAAGUUCAUGGGGAAGUGGCAUGACAUUGCGGUGGCAUCCACCUGUCCCUGGAUGCAACGCCAUAAAGGGGACGCAGCCAUCGGCACUCUGGAGCUGCAAACCGGGAGCACCGAAGGCAAAAUCAGCAUGACAAGAAAAAUGAAGAAGCUUGGGACAUGUAAGCAGAUCUCUGGUGAAUAUCAGAUUACAGAUACACCUGGAAGAUUCACCUACCAUGUUGCCAAGUGGGGGGCUGACGUUGAUGCCUAUGUGGUUCACACAAACUACGACGAGUACGCCAUCGUCCUUAUGAGCAAACAGAAGACAGGUGGAGAAAAGACCAAGUCUGCCAAGCUGUACAGUCGCACCAUGGAAGUGCGGGAUACUAUCCUAGAUGACUUCAAGAGACUGGUGAAGGAGCAAGGCAUGGCUGAUGACACCGUCGUUGUCAAACAGAACAAAGGUGAGUGUAUACCAGGAGUGGAGACGGUCCAAACAGAACCUCAGCCCGAUAUUACGAGAACUAAAAGGAAUGUAGUCCUCUCUGAGCCUGCCACUGAUGAAGGCUCCGGUAUGAGUGAAAACACCACGCUCUUCAGUGCAGAGUCUUGUAAAGCAUCGCCGGAUGUGGGUCCCUGUUUUGGCAUGGUGCAGCGCUACUUCUACAACUCCACCAGCAUGUCCUGUCAGCUGUUCAGCUAUGGAGGCUGCUCGGGCAACCAGAACAACUUUGUCACAGAAAGGGAUUGUCUGCAGAGCUGUCGCACUGAGGCUGCCUGUAGAUUACCCAUGGAUGCUCAGCCAUGCACUGGACAGCCCCAGAUCUGGGCCUUUGACUCAAACUCGGGACUUUGCCUGGCAUAUAAAAAAGGAUAUUGCCAGAACAACAGCAAUAAGUUCUACUCUAAAAGAGAGUGUGAUGAGUACUGUGGGGUGACAAAGGAUGGUGAAGGCGAGUUCUUCAAAGCAAACUAAAGAGGAGAGUAAAGAGAAUGAACACAUUAUUCAGCUGAAGCCACAGACUGGGUCAGCAACACCAAAAGACUAAUUCACUACUGAACACAACAAAAUAAAAUGAUUAAUU